ACCAGUGUUCAUUAGAUGGCAGCCAAACACGUGCACGAAGUAUUUAGAAAGAAUCUUAUGAUGCAAUUAUUUUUGAAUUGAAUUUGUUGGCAAGUUCAAGUGUUAGUAUCUUUAGUGACAGACACAAAGUUUCUAUGGAGUUAUGGCUAAACAUGGUGGCAAAGGCAACACAGCACGAGUGAUAUGGGCCGGUAGUGACAUUCUCUUCGAUAUACAGAUUUAUCCCCCCGUGGAUGACGACUUUGGAGAAGAUGGUGAGAGAUUAGACUUCAUCGAGGGCCAAGGCGAAGACUUCGAAAGGGCGCUCGAGAGCACAGGUUUCGGAAAAUUUCAUUUCGCCUUGUUGACAAUAUGUGGUUUAAUUUAUUUGAACACCGCCGUUGGAAUAACAAUAAUCUCGUUCGUUUUGCCAUCGGCAACAUGCGACUUCGAAAUGUCGUCUUCGGACAAAGGAUGGCUGACAGCCGCCCCCAUGCUUGGUAUGGUAAUUGGCUCGUAUUUCUGGGGAUGCCUGGCUGACACCAAAGGACGUAAAACAGUAUUAAUCGGUGCCUUGCUCAUGGACGGCUGCUGCGGCCUCUUAUCGAGUAUUUCCCAAGUCUAUUGGCUCUUCAUGCUCUUUAGAUUCCUAAACGGAUUUGCUAUAACAGGUGCAAUGGGCAUCUGUUUCCCUUACUUGGGCGAAUUUCAACCCGGCAAAUACCGCGAGACGAUUUUAUGUUGGAUGGAACUCUUCUGGACUCUCGGCGUUAUUGUCUUGCCGGGAAUUGCCUGGAUCAUAAUUCCUAUGGAAUUUGUGUACCAAACUGAUAAUUUUAAGUUUGCUAGUUGGAACUUGUUUGUUGCCACUUGCUCGAUUCCGAGUCUUUUUAUCGGACUUUGGCUGUUCUUCUUCCCGGAAAGUCCGAAAUUUUUACUGGAGUGUGGCGAAGCGGAAGAGGCUUUAGAAGUUCUGAAAGAUAUGUAUGCCAGUAAUACGGGAGACAGUGCUGCCAACUUUCCGGUGAUUAGUUUAAGAGAAAAAGUUCGCACAAUGAGUGUGGUUUCUCAACAAUCCACUCGCAGUAUUCGUAGUUUAAGGAUCCGAAAGCCAAAAGAGUUGAAAUUGCUUAUGCAAGAAAUUUGGGAACAGACCAAGGCUUUAUGUAAACCUCCACAUCUUAGAUAUACCAUAAUUACGUGUCUGAUUCAAUUUGGCCUAACUACAAGUUACUACACUUUGAUGAUUUGGUUCCCGGAGCUUUUCUACCGGUUUGAAGAAUUCGAAAAUCUUCAUCCGAACGAAAAAGCUACGGUUUGUGAAGUCUCCUCGGUUGUGGUUCCUGUCAAUAUGACCACACCAUCGCAUGAAGAAUUCUGUGGAGAACCUAUUGCCGAUUCUGUUUUUCUUCACACUUUAAUUAUUGGUCUUGCUUGUAUUCCUACAAGCUUUUGGUUACCGUUGUGUGUGCACAGACUGGGAGCUAAAUUUUUCUUAGUUUUCAGUUUACUUGUUGCUGGAGCUGUCACUUUUGGUUUGUAUUUCGUCAAUUCAGCAACGUCAAACCUGGUUCUUUCGUGUAUUUUUGAAGCUUUAACAAGUUUGGGAAUUAGUACCGUAUAUUGUGUUAUGGUGGAUUUAUUCCCAACGAACUUGAGGGUAAUGGCCGCUGCUUUGUCGUUAACAUUUGGUCGAGGAGGUGCUCUCAUUGGUAAUCUGUUGUUUGGCUUCCUCAUUGAUUUGAAUUGCGUCGUCCCGAUUGUAUUAUUUGCAGCUAUGUUAUUAGGAAGCGGCUUGCUGUGUCUAAUGUUGCCAAACACGGGCCAAGGAGCGUUGGACUAGAAUCACUUUAGUUUUUAUUUUUUUAAAUUGUAUAACUUUGUGAUAAUUGUACUUUAUUGACAACAAAAUACCUGAAUCGCAUUCGAUUUUUUAGGUUUAAAUGUACGUACAAUAAUGUAAAAUGAUAAUUAUUUUUGUUAGGAGAAUGUUUUAUUUAUAGUUAACUUAUUUACUUAUAAGAUAUUUAUUUAUAUUUAUUUUAUAGAAAUACAGCACUUUUCUGAUCGAGAUUGUUAUUUCUGAGGGAGGUUCUAGGGAUAAGUGCCUUUAGAUAGGAAUCUAUUUUUUUAAUAAUUAUUGUUUUACCAGCAUUUUUGUAAUAAGCUCAAGGUCCAAAACCUUCAAAAGAGUUCACAAAGUAUUUCACGCCUAAGUUUGUGUUAAUAACGUGUAUAUUUUUUAUUUUAGUGGUUUAUAACAGACGAUGGCUUAUCGUACAUUUUUUCAACGAAAAUUGAGGUUUGUUGGCUCAUCAUAAUUACCUUUUCAGAAUUUGUAUUUAGACUUUUGAAACACUUAAAAGUUCAAAAAUUGUGCAAAUUAUGCACAGUAGCACAUUUGUACGCUAAGCCACCGAUGUUAUCUUUAUCAACUGUAUUACCCAAAACACGAUUAAAAUUUUAUCUAUAAA